GACGACGUGGAAGUUGCUGGCCGACCUGGCUGGGACCCGGAGGCCCGGAGCGGCGGAGGUGGCGGCGCCCAGGCUCGACUAGGACUCGCUGCCGAGUCCCGGCCUGACUCCGGGGACCGGCGAGGGCGCGGCGGCGGCGGCUCAUCAUGGGUGGCUUUUUCUCAAGUAUUUUUUCCAGUCUCUUUGGGACCAGGGAAAUGAGGAUUUUAAUUUUGGGAUUAGAUGGUGCUGGGAAAACAACAAUUUUGUACAGAUUACAGGUUGGAGAAGUUGUUACUACUAUUCCCACUAUUGGAUUUAAUGUAGAGACGGUGACAUACAAAAACCUCAAAUUCCAAGUCUGGGACUUAGGAGGACAGACAAGUAUCAGGCCGUACUGGAGAUGUUACUAUUCAAACACAGAUGCCGUCAUCUAUGUAGUUGACAGUUGUGACCGAGACCGAAUUGGCAUUUCCAAGUCAGAGUUAGUUGCCAUGUUGGAGGAAGAAGAGCUGAGAAAGGCCAUUUUAGUGGUGUUUGCAAACAAGCAGGACAUGGAGCAGGCCAUGACACCCUCAGAAAUGGCCAAUGCACUUGGGUUACCUGCUCUGAAAGACCGAAAGUGGCAGAUAUUUAAAACAUCCGCAACCAAAGGCACUGGCCUUGAUGAGGCGAUGGAAUGGUUAGUGGAAACACUGAAAAGUAGACAGUAAGUCCACUCACAUCAGUUCCUGUGAACCCAACGCUACGUCCCAUCCUCACUGGAAUCAGCUGGAUGUGCUUCUCUGACUGUUAGGACUGUGUGAUUGCAGGCUGUACAGAACUGACUCCACUAUUUGUAAUAAAUAUAAAAAACAAGUAUUUGGCAAGAGGGUUAGCUUGAUUGAAUCACCCAGAUGGUUUAUGUAAUGUAAAAUAGUCUUCCUUGCUUUCUUGUGUUAAGGUAUAUAUUCUAUUUGUAUGGAAUUCUUACACAAAUACAAUUCUAUUAAAGAAUGUACACUCUUGGGGGGAACCCUCCUAUUUUUAAAUUAGUGGUUGCAUUUUGUUUGUAUGAACACUAAUAUUUAGCUCAGACUUUUUCUCCCUUAAAAUGAAUUAAGGCUUUCCAAAGAUUAGUCUUAGCAAAGUAGAUUAGAAAUAGUGUGUAUAAUAUAAUCAUCACUUGCCUAACUGACUAGUUUAUAUAAGCUAUUCCACUUAAAGAGUUUUUGGUUAUAGGCAUGAGAAGUAUUUUGUUGGCUCACUUUACUGACUUACAUUAUUUUACAAUACUUUAUACUUGUCCAAGAAUUUUAUAUAUGUUGAUCUGAACAUUGUACCAGGAACCCUGUGAGAAGAGCAAGGUUCUGCUGUGUUGCUUGGCCAGGCCCUAUAUACUGAGGUGAGGUAGAGUCCAGAGUCAGGCUUCUGGGUCAGAAAUUUGUGUUAUAAGUCCUACUGUAUCUGGAAAUACCAACAUGGGAAUGCACACACCCAGGUGUGGUGGCACACACCUGCAAUCCUAGGACUCGGGACAGGCAGGAGGACCAAGAGUUCAAGGCUAGCCUCAGCUUUGUGGUGAAUCUGAGGCCAGCCUGAGCUGCUUGAGGCUGUGUCUCAAAACAAAAAUAACAAAAAAAUUAUGCUAAAGUAGUUACAGACAUUCAAAGCAAUGUUUAUAUAAACUCUUGUCUAUGCUAGUAAAAUGAUAAAUGAUACAGUCAAAAUGAUCCAAAUGGCUGUAUUUAAUGAGUUCACAACACAAUAAAAAACAUAACAUGAAAGGAAAUAAAAAGUAAUUUUAAUAAGUA